UUUGAAGUGGGCGGGUUUAAAUGUCAGCAGCAACUGUGCUGUUCUACUUUCCUGAAGACCACAGCGAGCUGCUUUCUGUCUCGUCGUGCCAAUAUGUUUUUCUAAAGCGUGGAGUUUAUCAAAUUCACAAAAUGUACAGAGGACUGCUAUUUAUGACCGUCAUAUGGAGUGCGACGGGGUUCAACGUUCAAAUAACCCCAGUGAAGCAUUUCAAAAAUGAUGAUCCACUCUUUGGUCAAACCAUUAUUCAAUCAACAGAUGGAUUUUUCGUUCCUUCCCCAAAUACUGGAGCGCUUUUCAGAUGCACUUUAAAAGAUGAAUGCGUUAAAGUAAAUUCUAAUGAUGAAAAACGUAAAGGCCUGAGACCAGUAGCAUCAGUAUCUAGCCUGACAUUAGAAGAGGAACAACUAGUCAUGAUGUGUAAUCAAAUUCGUGCAAAAAUCAAUAAGGCAGAGGAUUUGAACGGAGAUUGCAAACUGAUGAAUCCCUCGGGAGGAGUCCUUGGAAAUCCGAAUCCCGUUGCAUUGGUCAACAGCAACAACAACAACAAUCAUUAUCAAGGUGCAAGGCCUGACCAAGAUCAAUGGAGGAUGAAAAGAGACGCCCAGCCAUACAGGGACACAAAAGAUAAGGAUUAUAACGUUAAUGUGCCGCUGCCAUCAGGCUCUGCACUUCUGGAUCCUGCUACAAAGCAAAUGGAAAAUGAAAAACUCAACAGAAACAACAACAACAAUCAUUAUCGAGGUGGAAGGAUUGAGAAAGUUAAACGGAGGAUGAGAAGAGACGCCCAGCUGGAUAGUGGCACAGAUGAAGAUGAGGAUGAUGAUGAUCCUGGGACAGAGAUUGCUUUUGUGCUGGACGGCUCUGGCAGCAUUAAAUAUGACGACUUUCAGAGAGCCAAAGACUUCAUGUACAAUGUCAUGUUCAAUGUUUGGAACACAUGUUUCGAUUGUAACUUUGCGAUAGUGCAGUAUGGCAGCAAGAUCAGGACAGAGCUCUCGCUGCUAGACAAUGAAAACGGGACCAGAUCCUUGCAAAAGGUCAAAGCAAUACAGCAACUUUACAAUCUCACGAAGACCUCCUCGGCCAUCCAUCAUGUCCUCACAGAUACUUUCAUCCCUGAGAACGGAUCAAAGGUUAACGCCAAAAAAAUCAUCAUUGUAUUGUCUGACGGAGAAAUUUUAGGAGACACUAUGAAUCUUACUGAUGUGUUGAACAUGCCACAAAUGAAAGGUGUCACUCGCUAUUCCAUAGGAGUUGGGGAUGGCAUUCUUACAAAACCUGAAGCAAUACAACAGAUGAUAGACAUAGCAGACCGUGGCAAAUUUUACAACGUUUCUAAUUAUGCUGCAUUAAAUGACAUCCUGUCAUCACUGCAACAAAGUUUAAUUGGAAUUGAAGGCACUCAGCAAGGUGCAGGAUUUCAGUUCCAGCUUGCUGAAGCUGGUUUCAGCUCCCAUCUCAUAGAGAAAAGUUCCUAUCUUUUCGGGGCGGUCGGAGCCUAUGACUGGAGCGGUGGAGUCUUCUUACAGUCUGGUAACGCUGUGCAAUUCUUGAAUCACUCUAAUGGACCCAAAUUUUCCUAUUUAGGUUACAGUGUCACAUCUGCUAAAGUACAACCCAGUAAAACACUCUACAUAUCUGGUGCACCACGGUACAACUUGACUGGUGGCGUAUUUAUUUUUGACGGCUCUGGAAAGUAUGUGCUCCAGGGAGAUCAGGUCGGAUCUUACUUUGGAUCAGUUCUUUGUGCCGUGGACAUCGAUAGAGAUGAAUACACAGAUUAUCUAUUCGUUGGAGCACCGCAUUUUCAUCUAAACGGAGAAGAAGGCAAAGUGCUAGUGUACAAACUGAAUCAGGGUAAGUUUGAGAGCGCAUCCAUGGAGCUGAAAGGCGAUGAAGGACAGAUCUUCGCCAGGUUUGGUGCAGCCAUCGCUUCUAUAGGAGACAUCGAUGGGAACGCGUUAAAUGACGUAGCAGUUGGCGCUCCUCUAGAAACAGAUUCCUCUGGAAGCAUUUACAUUUACAAUGGAUUAAAAGAUGGAUUUCGCUUUUCACAGAAAAUAUCUCCCUCAGAUUUUGGAAGUAAACUUGUGCACUUCGGCCUGUCAGUAAGCGCUGUACCAGCUUCAAAAAAAGCCUCCAUCGCUGUUGGAAGUCAAGGAGGAGUGUUUGUUUUCGAGACUAUCCCUGUUGUUACCAUUCAAUUACGUACAUCGAUUCAAUCAGUCAUUCCUCUCCAUCACCAGAUGGUUGAAAUAUCCAGCAAAGUUGAUAUAACGUACCAAAUAUGCUUUCAUGUGAUAAAUGGAAAGCUUGAAAUUGAUCUUCCUAUUAAGUACCAAAUUGCCUUGGACACUGGAGUAAACAAAAAGCGCCUCACUGUUGACGGCAGAGAUCUCUUAGAAAAAAAGUUCACCUUGAAACCAGAUGAAGAGUGUGUACCUGUUAUCAACCUUAAAUAUUUGGGCUGUUUUGAUUGUUUUUCACCUAUUAAAAUCAAGUUAAAUUUUUCACUGGAUAACCCUCAAAAUGAUGCCCCUAAACGGAUCCUUAAUGCAUUUACUCCAACAGAGGCUGUAAAUGAGAUUUCUUUUGAAAAGGAUUGCAAGACUGCAGACUGUAAACCACACAUCACAUUAUCUGAUUCAAAAAUUAGUGAAACCUUGAUCAUAAUCGGAGAAACUCAAAGCUUGAGCGUCAAUUUCAAUCUUAAAAACUAUGAAGACUCUUCCUAUAUGACCAGCCUGACUCUGACCUUCCCCAGCAUACUGAGUCAGAAGAAAAUAAAAGGCACCACCUGUCCUGUGCAGAACGACAAUCAGAUACAGUGUAAUCUCCAUCACCCUGUUUUCAGAAGAGGAGUAGAGACCAACCUUUUCAUUUCAUGGCAGCUCAAUGACACGAAAACAGAUUUGAAGAAUGCUGAGAUUACUGCUAAUCUAACCAGUCAGAAUAAUGGCUCUGAGAUACUGGACUUUAAAAUAUAUCCGUUUGCUGUGAAGUAUUCCCUGCCAAUCCAGCUAACCAGCAAAGCCAACCCGAGCAGACUCAGUAUUGAAGAGGGGGAAAAUGUAAAGACUCAGAGUUUGAAUUUUUCAUUUCGGUUUGCAGGUGAAAAUAAGUACGGCGCUACAAUCAGUGUAGUUGUAACCAUUAAAAAGGAAACUUUCAAAACUGAUUUGGACAUCGUUAGAGUCACACCGCAUGAGGUGUGCGUUUAUCCAAAAAAUACUAAAGUGGAGGAGUCCUAUGUCAUCAGAUGUAAUAUAACGAAGCUGCAGGAAAUCAAAAUCGAUGCCAGUGUUUUGAUACAUGAUGCUAAGGACAAAGACAAGAUCACUGCCACAGGAACAUACAGCUUUGAUGAGACCAUCUAUGCUGCGAAGAAUACAGAUUACAGGAACAUCCCGGUGGAGGUGAUAAUUACGAAGCUGCAUGUGACCACAUCUAAAGGUUCCAUCAUCGGAGGAUCCAUAGGCGGCUUUCUGCUCCUCUUCAUCAUCAUUAUCGUUCUCAUUAAGUGUGGCUUUUUCCGUCGCCGCCAUAAAGUGGAUCAAGCACAGAGUCCAAACUGAAGCCCGGGAGGAACCCUAUAUUAUCAUAUAUCUUGCUUAAGUUUGUAUCAAAAUAUGUUGUUUGUAAGAUGAAUGUUAUAGUCUUGUUUUAUUGUGAGCGUAACAUUAAGAAUAUGUUUUUAAUGAUUGUUUGUAUUUAAUAUUGAAUAUAUAGAAAUAAUUAAAUAUAAAAUAUGUGUUUCUAAAUAAAUCGAAUCCUAAAAAAUUCCACAAUUAAGGGGCUAACUGCUAUUUCCUGAUGGAUUUUUUUAUGAUCUAUCAUUUAUUGUAUAGCGUCUAUUGCAAUCAAAUGGCAAUAUAAAAUUUAUAAACCCAUUUUCUUUAAAAAAAACAUUAUUUUGGUUCCCUCACCUGGUUUAGGAUGAUUUCCCAGCCCGGUCAAGGUCAUGUUUAACUAGUUGCAUGGUGGUUCAUAGUAAGUUGAACAGUUCUCAAACACUUUAUAAAACACACAAGCGUAUAACCAACUUGCUCGGGCUGGGAGAGCAAAGAGAUAUCACACUGUUUUGAAACUGGAAAUAAAGUCUAUAGUGUUCA